UGUGCCCCAGAGCUGGUGACAGCGGCGGAGUGACAGCAGCCCAGCCUGGCCAGGACCUGAACGUAUUUAUGGUCUUGCAGCUUUUGAUCCUAAGCGUGUAUUAAGGAAACGCUAAAGGGUACAGUCAAGAAACAUGUAGGCAUCGGUGUGUAUUAUGUCAGCCUGUAUCGUUGUGAUGGCACAAGGAGUUUGCUGCUCUCUGUCCUUUUUCGUCCCUGUCGUGGCUUUGGACUGACAGACCAGUUCAUCUGUAGGGCCUGAGGGUAGAUCUCAGACCGCAGGGAGGGAGACGUUUUCGCGUUUUGCUCUCACAUGUGCUCAAAGAGGGGCAGUCGUAGUUCCUUUUGAAAUGUCGCUUGAUCUUCAGCUCGCUUUGUUAGUUUUCAAAGCCUUGCGCAAGUACACAAAAAGCAAUCAAGAAUGUCAUCUUACCAUUCAUCAAAAAAUAUGUAGCUUCAUAGCCCAGGUUAAGAAGAAAGUGGCAAGCCUGCUAUCUUUCUUUCGUGUGAUAGGAUAGUGAAGUGCUUCUGCAAGCGUGUUAGACUAGGGUAUCAACUUUAUUUUUAUCCUUAUUGAUGUAUUGCUUCCCUUCAAAAGGGUUGUCGAUUUUGCUCCCAUGUCUUAUAUUGCCAGUCUGUUGAUACAGCUUUUCUCUACUUUUGAUUUGGUUUUUUUGAAGCUUUUUUUUUUGAACAGAAGAGAAAUUAGAAAUGAAACAGCUUGUUUUACAGAAGAGAUCUGGAAUGUGAAUCCUUACUCUUUUGAAUUGCAAUGUGCUUCAGAGGUGAAGAGCAAGACUGUUGGGUUAAUGAAUUUAAGAAAUGCAGGAACUCUGAACGACACAAGCUCUUUAGAUGAGACCACUUAUGAAAAACUGGCUGAAGAAACACUGGACUCCUUAGCAGAUUUCUUUGAGGACCUGACAGAUAAGCCUUUUACCCCAGAAGAUUAUGAUGUCUCAUUAGGGAGUGGAGUUCUGACAGUUAAAUUAGGUGGAGACAUGGGAACAUAUGUAAUCAAUAAGCAAACACCAAACCGGCAGAUUUGGCUGUCCUCACCCACUAGUGGACCCAAGCGCUAUGACUGGACUGGACGGAACUGGGUGUAUUCUCAUGACAAAGUAUCCCUUCAUGAACUACUAUCAAAAGAGUUUUCAACAGCGUUAAAAACUAAAUUGGAUUUGUCCUGCUUAAUAUAUUCUGGGAAAGAAAAUACUUGAUGAUAUUCUACCUCAUGGAAGUUUAAAGACUUUAACCACAAGCCAAGCCCUUCCUUGGUUUCUGAAGUACCUGAGCUUAAUUCUGUUGCUGUUUUUCUUGACAUCGCUAUAUUGUGCAACAAAAAUGAAAAUAAUAUAUUUUUCUCUAGUGCUCAGUCUUUGGGUUUCUGUGUCACUGCUCGAAUCUGUGUCCAAGUAGUACAGGUGGUUGAGGUCACGCUUCCUGUCAACGCAUUUCUUACUUUCUUACUGCAGAAGUAAGUAAUGAAUUCUUACUGUACGUAGUCUUGUUUGGACAUAAAGACUAACCCACCUGGUGACUUCUGACUGGUGCACAAGUACUAAAACUUCUUUUGGUGAGACAUUCACCCAAAACAAGAAAUGGCUGCAAAUCGCACUGACAUAAGUUGUGGUACUGUGAAUGCAUUGCAUUAAAAUUUGUGGCUAUUGCAAGUCAAUAACUCGUCACAGGCAAAUUGAACAUGUCAUGAAUUAAAUGACUGUGGCAGGUAGAAACUUUUCAUUUUGUGCAGUGCGUGCAGUACAACUUUUUCUCUCAGUAUUGCAGAACUUGCUCUUUCCUCCAAGUUCUAAAUUAUAGUUUCUUUCACAUUAGGAUUUUUUUUUUUUUUAGCUAAACUUUAAAUUACUUAGAGGUCUGUGUGGCUGGAAGCAUCAUAUGGAACUGGAAAGGCUGGUGUGUGAUGUUUAAGCUGUGCAGCAGUAUCUCUGUAAACAUUUCAUUCUAUUACUGUGGAUUUCUCUUUCUGUUCCCUUUUGUUAUUCAAAGAGUAAAAAUAGAUAAUUUAUUGACCCUUUUUUUUUAGUUGAGCAAAAUUAAGAUCCUCUUACGGUAGCAAAAAUUUGCACUGAUUUUGUUCUGCUGCGUUUCUUAAGUGGGCUUAGAUUGUCUUUUUUCACCAUGAUACAAGGGUCCCCUUAGUACUGUGCUGGUGCAGAAACUUUUGCCUUUUUGACUCUUAGAAUUGAAUAUGGUGCUUAGGCUGAUGAAGCUGUCUUUUUCAGGCUGUUAAAAAAUUGUAAUGAAAUAAAUUCUGUAUUCUGGAUCUUAAACCAAAAAGCUUUAAAAGAAAUCUUGAACUGCAAGAAGAACACUUCAACUCUUUCACUGCUGUAUUAUUACCACUGGUGGGUUUCAGUUGCCUGUAAAAUGGAAGCACAAAGUUGUCGACUAAUUCUUGAGGGAACAGCUAUAUACCAUACUGUUACAAAUUGUUUUAUCAAUGUAUGAAAAGAUGUUGAGUGCAAACCAUUUUUCUUCUUGGUUCCUCUGAUGCUUGUGGUUAGUUUGGCAUGAGUCUCUGGCUAGCUAGAACUAUUAGCAAAUUCUGUAAUCGAAAAACAAUAGUUAUAUAGUAUUGUUGCCCAGUAUUUGCAUUUGAAGCAUAAGUGUUGUUACCUGCUAUUUUCCACCAUUAAAUAGAGAGUAACAUUUCACUGGAAGCACCUCUUGGUUAAUUGUGCAUGCUGUUUGCAUGUUUUUUUAAUCAAAAUAAAAAAUAUGACAAUUACCUGAAAUUUCAGCUUUACUGGAUGAGGUAAAUACAAUGACUACCAACUCAUAUGAGUACAAGAGUAAAAGACGGUUUUUUUUUUUAACAAACAAAAGCUAAAAAUAGAACAUCAACUUACUGUUUUGAAUUUAGAACACUGCAAAUAACUCACAGCAUAUGGAAAACUGUAGUAUUUAGCUCAGUCUCCUAGUAGUUCAAAUAGCUAUUGAAACUCAUUUGUAUAGAUGUCAAUGACUUGGUACUUGAAUGGAGAAUACUUGCUCCCGGUCCUUCCUUUGCCUGGUCACGUACAGCUUGUGUAAUU